CUUAAAAAUAAACAGAAACAACAGUGAGAGUGCCAAGACCAGUGUUUAAGGCUCUUUGCUGGCAAGCUCUUACCAAGCCAGGGAGCUGCAUUCUGAAGCAGCUCAACCUUUACACACAGUAAAUUACUACUCAACUUGCAGAAGGGUGAUGAAUUCAAACACUGAAUAAUGGAACAGCUCACUUAAUCCAGCUUUUAGCCUGUCUCUUAAACAACUACUGUUUAAAAACCUUUCAGUUCAGUUUGAUUAAAUCAUUUUGCUGUGCUAUCCCCGUCAUAGCACGGGAGGCUUGUGCAUCUAGUGACCGGUGGAUUCCUUUUGUGCAGCAACAGGGUAACCUUAUACCUGGGCCCUGAACACUCUUCCUGUGAAAAAAUACAACUGUUUUGCACUUACCCAGCCCCUCCCCCAAAAAGGGAGGUGCUCUUCAAUACUGGAAGAAUGAGCAAUGAUCCAAGGGCAGGGAAGCAGGCUCAAUAACAAAGAGGGCCACUUCUUGCUUUCUUCUGUGAUGAUGCAAGGUGAUGGUGUUUUAUAUAGAUUGACUCUAGUAGGCCUUCAAUGACUGUUGUAUAGGUGAUACUCUAUGGAUGCGGGGGCCCUACUAUAACCCAUCAGUUAGGUAGGUGGUAGCUACUUAAAAGUAUGGUAAACGGUCAGAUAAAGUUUUACCAGCUAUUGUGAACUGAGUAUGCUCCGUGCCCUGUGUUCUCUCGCCAUCUGUUGUUCCUAGUCUUAGCACAGGCUCAUUCUGAAAUCUUUACGCUGCUGCUCCCUAGUACUUACACUGGUAGUCUUGCCUUAAGAGUACGUGGGCAAUAUAUUUGCCAAGACGGCUCCUGCCAUCACAAUCAGAUUCCUCAAGGCUUUAGUUCUGCAUGUGGUGGCUAAGUCUUUGUUCUCCACACUCUCAUGAGAACAGGAGUCCUGUAGGGUUUGCUAUAGCUGAAGUGUUUGUUUUUUGUUUUUCCCCUUAGUCCAAUGCACUAGGCUAAUUGGUCUGAGAAAGCCCAGUGCUAGCAAUAUAAGAGAAAUAUACUUUACAACAAAAAAUAAUACAAUGUGACCAUUGUUGCAAUGAAGAUCAGAUGUACAGAAGACUGGCUUGAUAGCUGUUUUAGACUUGAAUGCUCAUGUGAAACUAAGUGAUCACUGAUCAUUCAGUGACUAGUUUUUCUUCAGCCACCAUUAGUACUUCAGUGAAUUUCUUCACAAAGUAUUUUUUUCAUUUUAGCAUGUUUCCUCUUGCUGCCUGAGUCUCCAAUGUGUUUAAAUUUCUUGUGGGAAUGUCUCAAUUCUUUCUUGUUUUGGAAAGUGACAAGUUCCUGUGGUGUUUACAAGUGAUCCUGUACAGCCACCCCAAGCAGAGGUUUCAUCACUGGCCUGCAAUGUGGACAGGAGAACAGCUUGCCUUAUACCGGAAGAAGAAUUUCUCAGUGUACUUUUUGCAGGUUUUGCUGCGAGUCAGCUGUGAAUUUGUAUAUGAAACCCAUGGGCGGGUGGAGGAGGAAGUGGAAGAAGAAAAAGAAGAAGAAUUGCCAAUCCCACCAAAGCGAUUAUGUUAUGAACAGUGGAAGCAUUCAUCUAUUUACCUGCGCUGUCAAGCACUGAAGGACCCAAACUAUAAAUUAAAGGAGCUCCAGUUGUGGCGUUGCCAACUCACAGCUACUUGCUGUGGGGAUCUUGCCACUGUUCUCAGAGUCAAACACAACCUGACAGAGCUGGAACUGGGUGGUAAUUACCUGGGUGAUGCUGGAGUACGAGAGCUGCGUAGGGGACUGAAUCAUUCAAACUGCAAGUUACAGAGACUAGGGUUGCGGUAUUGCCACCUUACCCAUUCCAUCUGUGGGGAUCUUAACGCUGUCCUCAGCAUCAGCCUGAGCCUUUGUGAGUUGGACCUAGGCCGAAACAAAGACCUGGGAGAUGUAGGAGUACAGUUGCUAUGUGAGGGAUUGCAAUAUCCAAAUUGCAAAUUACAGAAACUGGGGUUGGAGCAUUGUGGUCUCACAGCUGGUUGCUGCAGGGAGCUCUCCUCUGUGCUCAGAACCAGCCAGACCCUGACUGAACUGGGUUUGGGGAGGAAUGAUUUUCAUGAUUCAGGAGUGCAGUUGCUGUGUCAGGGGCUGAAACAUCCCAGCUGCAAACUGCAGAAAAUACAGCUGAACAUUUUUGAUAAGUAAAGACAAAUAGCAAGAGAUGGAGUCUGUGAAAGAGCUACAACCUGACUUGGUCAUAGAAUAGACCUGAAUCGGAUCUUUUUCACCUGCAUGCCUCAGGGCUGGGUGCUCACCUACAAGAUGACUUAGUAGCAAGGGGAGUACAGAAGACAGACAACUCCUGUCAUCUUUAAGGAGAAUUCUGUCCACUCACAGGAACUCCAGCAGCAUAUUUCAGCUCCUCUGGUAAAGAACUGGUUGCAUAUUAUAGGGCCAACUCUCCUGCUUGGGGACCAGAGGAGUUGGAUUUGCCCCAUGUUUGGUCUAAGUCUAUGGACAGACAUAAUUUUCUGCCACCUCCAAAAGAGCUGUUAUGAUGCAACUAUUAUAUCUGCAGGCUCCUGCAAUGAUACAAGUGAGCUAAAUUGCAGCAAAUUUAUCCUGUGAAUGAAACGGUGUGAAGACUGCAAUGACUCUGCUACAGUUGUAUUGUUAGUAGUUACAGGGCACAUCUACAUAUUCAUUAAUGCACCUUAGAUAUUGCGCAUUUAGAGUAGUACUUCCUUUAUAAAGUACUAACUAAAUGUGCAGUAGUGACAGCUCAUGGUUAUUUAGUGAUGUUUGCUGCGCAUUAGCCUAAUAACAGCACGCAGUAAGCUAUUACCAUGGUUUUUACCAUGACAUGCUACUACGCAGUGGUAUUAGGUUAAUGCGCAGUAAACAUCUCGUGUAGAUGCGCUCACAGUGUCCAAUUAUUUAAUAUCCAAUAUAAUUGUUAUAUCUGCCUUUCCUUGGAGAUAUGGUAGCUCAGUGGGGCCAACUUUUUUGCCAGGCAUGUCAUAAAGUAAGCCCUGCACACUCGCUGAGUGCCAUCCCAAUUCCCAUUCUGUUUUCUGCUCCCUGCUCCUUGCUUCCUAAUCCCUGCCCUCAUGUUCCCUGCUCUCUCUCAGAUCUGCUGCAUGUCACACGCAGAUAGUCAUAGUAAUAGAGAAUUCAGGCUGGAAGGGGCCUCUAUAGGCCAUUUAGUCCAACCCUCUGCCUGAGGCAGGGUCAUCCCUAUCCAAACCAUCCCAUACAACCAUAAUCUAAACUCUACAUAAGACUAUCCUCAGCCCUGACACAACAUAGACCUAACGCCUUAACCUGCCACAGGUAAAGCAGGGGAACCACAGCAGCCAGUGUCCUGCUUGUGUAAAAUGUUAUCUGUGGACUCAUGGACCAUCUCGAACCAGCUGGCAGUGUCUGUUCUGUUAGCUGGCCAAGUGGUGGCCCAGGAGGAGUUAUGUUGUGGCCCCUGGGCUCCUAUGUGACUGCUGCUCCCCCCAUCACUCCAGAGUCUCCAGCCGUCCUUCCUUCAGUGUUGCUUCCUUCCAUCACCCCAGGGGGCAGGGCACUGCACAGGGAGUUGAGGGUGAAUCCAGGGCUGCAUGUGGGUCAGGGGAGCACCGUGCCUCCACGAUGUAGUGGUAGGUAGGUGCCUGCACAGGCAUGAAGUGCAGUGGCUGUGAGGGGAAGCGGGGUGGGGCAUAGUGCAGCAGGGCUUGGGGAAGAGGGUUGGAAGAAGUGUCCGUGUGGCAUGCACCUUGGUGGCCCAUGCCUUGCAUACAAUCCUUGGGGCAUGUGGCUCUCAGGCGCAUAAACACCUGCCAUGUGUCUUUUACAAUACGCUACACUGGUGAUGCGUAGGCAGAGCAUGCGGAUGCACAUGCACCCCCUGAAAUUGGUGGUGCACCUCCCAAAAGAAGAGCUACCGACACUGUCAACAGUGCCUGCAGGUGGUCACUGCUCGCCACCCCCACCUUUGCUGCCACCACCGACACUGCUGGUGGCAUUUGCAGUCGGUUGCUGAUCACUGGUCAGCACUAGCCACCCCCCCAACACCUCCAUGGCUGCCUGAGGGAGCUCCCCACUCACCGCCACCGUGCCUCCGGCGCUGCCACCACUGCUUGCAGGUGCUUGCUGUGUCCCCCAGCCUCCCAGGGCACGCAUCAUUCAUGAUAUGCUAUGUGCUUUCUUACACGCAUGCGGAUUUUGUUUGGGGGGGGGUUGUUUUCCAUAGUUGCUCAAUUGGUGAAAACAGUUUGCCAUUUCUAACAACCGCUUAUCCCAGUUGUACAUUUCUGUUCUGCUGGUGUCCAGCAAAAAUCCUGGAACAAGAAACAUUGUCUCAUCACCUUGUGGAAGCACAGUAGGGGGUGCUACUACAUAGAGUCAACUGCCUCACUGUGCCAGGUCCAAAAACCUUGCUUCGAGUCUUCCACAGGGUGCCUACAGCUGGCUAGCCUGCUUCCUGGGGAACACCCGCAAGCUUGGGGUAAUGCUGCCACCACCCGGGCACUGGUCUCCGUUAGAGCUCUGUGUAGCCCAGGGCACACACAAACUGUGAAACUUGGGGAUGCUUUGCCCACAGUAGUAUUUUUGGGUGCCUCCUACAGCCUGAAGCAUCCCAAGAUAACCUCAGGUAGGACUGAGGGAACAUAAACAGACAAGCUCAGCUGGCAAAGCUGAGAACAAAAAAAAGUUUCUGCCCCCUCCACAGUGAAACAGCAAGACAGGCUGUAACCUGAUACCUUUAUUGAUGGGGGUGGGAUGGGGGUAGAACAAGGAAGUCAGAAUACACUUUGAGCAAACAUAAUCAAUCAGAGUCUUAUUCAGUCAUGGACUUAAUAAAAACGCAUCUGGCCUAGACAUAAAUCCUAACUCCUGGCUAAUUUCCAAGUCUUUACUUACAGAGAAUCAUCCAAUCAGCCACUUGGAGGCACUUUGCUUGUUGCAUUUCAAAAUACCUGCUGGACAAAGAACGAGUUCCCCCCUCCCCUCAGGAAUUUAUCUGGCCAAGUCACCUGGUUGACCAUCCUGAACCAAAAAGAAAGCAAGUGAGAGAGAGGGUUCUACCUGGAAUGACCCAAGUGAGAGGCAGAGAGAGGGGGAUUUCUUCACACACCUCACUUGUAUCACAUAUAGCUCUUUCAUUAAUGCAAUGGGAAAUUGUGUUUGCUGUUCCCCUCCCUCCUGACAGCAUCACAUUGAUGUCACACACUGAUUUUGCAUAACCACCACAUCCUUCUUGGAACUACAGCUUCCGUAACAGUUACCCCACACACCCCAUUCUAUAUUUGUGCAUUUGUUUUUAAUUCCCUAUGUGCAGAAUCCCAUCCUUGUCUUUGGGCAAUGAAAUUAAAUGCAACAAUAUGCUGAAAUGUCACCUAGUCCAGGAGGACCUGCCUCAUUCUCUAAGCUUCACCAGUGAUUGGAGCUGGCUUCCACAUAUGCAUGGUGUUCCCAUUUUCUGGUUUUACUACCUGCUCAAUAGAUCUAAGCCAGUGUACACUCACUGGGGACAGGGAUGCAUCACCCACUGCCAGCCCUGCAGCUGACAAUGCUGCCACCACUGCUGUGAGCCUUGUGGCAGUGGUGGCAGCAAUGUCAGCUGCAGGGCUUGUAGCAGGGAGAACAUUGCUCCCUCUCACCCCCUGCUAUGAGGCUCCUUGGCUGUGAGGCUUGCAAUGGGAACAGUUUCUUCUGCUGUGGGGCUUAUAGUGGAGGCAGCAGGAGGAACUGGGCAGUGAGGAGAACACUGCCCCUCCUGCAAGCCUCAUGAGGUGUGGAGCUCACAGUGGUGACAGUGUCCCCCUGCACUGCCCACAGCAUGAGCCCUGCAGCUGUCAAUGUUCACAGUGGGGGCAGCAUUCCCAGUGUUGCCCCCAUUGCAAGCCCCACAGCCCACAUGAUCUAUGGGGCUCACAGUGGGGGCAGUGGGGGAAUGCUGUACUUGCAGUGAACCUCACCAAGCGCUAUCAGCUGUGGGACUCAACCAUGGGACCCCAUGCAGGGGUUGCUUAGGAUCAUGAUUCUCCCCCCCAGCUCUUCCUAGACUGGCAGUAAGGUGUGAUGUGCAUGUGUAGCAUGGCAAGAGGCACAAUUGUGUGGAUUGCACAUUAGAUCCUAUUGCACCUUUACCUGCACACACAGAGGGGCCCUGAGGAAUGACUUUGCCUGGUUGCUCAGUUACCUCCAGCUGGGGUUGGAGUCAGGGAUCUUCAUAGCUUCAUAGAUUGUUAGGGGCUGGAAGGGACCUUGCAGAUCAUCGGGUCCAGCCCUCCUGCACCAAGCAGGAAAGAAC